AUGGCAUCCAAAACUAACGAAGAUAAAUAUUCAGUCAUCUUACCCACUUACAACGAGCGGCGAAAUUUACCUAUCAUGAUCUGGUUAUUAGCUCGGACGUUUGAUGAACAUCAAAUCGAUUGGGAAGUGAUCGUAGUAGAUGAUAAUUCACCAGACGGUACUUUAGAGGUGGCUGAACAAUUACAACGGUUAUACGGUCCGCAUCGAAUCAUUCUUAGACCCAGACCAGGUAAACUAGGACUAGGAACAGCAUACAUGCACGGCCUAUCAACAUGCACAGGAUCAUUUACGAUCAUCAUGGACGCCGAUUUCUCCCAUCAUCCCAAGUAUUUGCCGGCGUUUAUUGCACUCCAACGAGCGCAUGGCUUGGAUAUCGUGACCGGCUCUCGCUACCGUCCAGGCGGCGGUGUACACGGAUGGGAUUUCAAAAGAAAACUCGUCAGUCGAGGCGCAAACAUGCUCACCUACAUCCUACUUGACCCUGGUGUCAGCGAUGUCACUGGCUCAUUCCGAUUAUAUCGAACAUCAAUUUUGAAAGAGUUGAUUCAAAAAACAACAUCACGAGGCUAUGUAUUCCAAAUGGAAAUCAUCGUGAGGGCUCGAUCUAUGGGAUGCAAGAUCGGGGAAGUGCCGAUCACUUUUAUCGAUCGAUUAUAUGGUGACAGCAAACUCGGCAAAGAUGAGAUCUUGGGCUUUCUCAAAGGUCUUUGGAAGCUAUUUUGGACUAUCUAG